AUGGUUAGGGCUCAGGAGACUGUUUAUGACUUGAUCACCAAAUGCUCGGUAAGAAGGGUUCCUCCGAAACAAUUUGUGAAUUUUUAUAAUGAAUUCUUCAACGAGCGCUAUGAUUCAGUGCUGGAGAACGGCAACCCUGCGGGCGAAAGCAGGCCUACGGCGCCGGUAUACGAGGAGGUCGCGCAAGAUCUGGUGCGCAUACUAAACGACAGCCGCGUGAACCUGGUGGCGGACUAUGUGCUGGAGAUCGUGCUGAUUAAUCUCAACGUGGACCUGCUGCGGCUGUUCCUGCCGAAGCUUCACCAUGUACGUAACGUGAUGCUGCUGGUACACCUCUUCUCACGGGCGACCGCGUUCAUUUCAGGCCUGGAUAACAAGCUGCUGGCGGAGCAGAUCAGCGACACGGUGUACACGGACGUGACUCCGGCGGUCCUGAGCUUCAACAUGCAGGCGAUUGAUGACCAGUUGGUAAUUGUGCUUGCGAAGUUCCUGCACGCCGUGCUGCGACUACCGGAGGGCCAGCAGAAGAUGGGAUCGGUCCCGACCAAACAAAAGGCGGCCACGCUUCUACAGAGGCUAUCCACUAUAGACAGGCUUCUGUACAAACGGUUCAUUGCAGAUCUGGACGGCAAGCUGCGCUUAUCCGGUGCGCCCGCGGACAUGAGCUUCCCUCUGCCACCAAGUAACAUGCCGUCGCCGUCGGUGACCUCGCCGAAAUACGAGACAUCUUCAGUUGGGGUUAUGAAGCGGUCCACGUCGAUGUCUAACGAGGCGAAGUACCAGGAUAUAAAGCUUGCGAGGUACUAUAAAAACCUGUGGCUAAACAACAAAAUACACUAUUGCACUGUGUCGGACCCUCUCUUUCUUGAAAAGUACGAUUCAAUCUUAGAACUGGCCACGGGCGGUGGUCUGUCCGCUGAUCGGCCCGUGAAGGCCAAGAUUGCAGACCUCGUUGAAACAGCUUUCACCUGUUUUGCGCAAUUUGUGAGUAACAAGUUGUAUCAUCAAUCGAACUCGAAUUUCUCGCUGUUGGAGCGCAAGUGGACGGUGUUUGUAACAAAACAGCUGCCCCUAAUCAUUAAGAGCUCUAUACCCGACAAGACAGAUAUCGUUCUGCGCACCUUGGAGAAUAUCGACGACAAAGUCAUAAAGGCUAUCAAGUCCUAUAAUACCGAGAAGGAGGAAGUAAAAAACCGCACAGAGGACCUGUUCGAUGACUACCCCGUGAAUAGUCUAGAUAUCAGGCAUGAAUUUCUGAAGAAUUUAAUCAUGAUGGGGUUGCAACCGCCGACUGUACUUAACGAAUACCUGCGAGAAGAUCAAAUGGUAGACCUCAAGUCGUUGGUAACGUCCGAGCACCUAAUUAUUGACAAUAGCCAGGGGGUCCGAGAGACAAUUCUGAAUGUUCGGAAUUUUAUCACAAAGUCGAUAGAGUCACUAGAGUUUGAAAACCUUUUUGAUGAUGGCAAUCAGCUACUUGUUACUAAUGACCAUGGUAUUAUCCAGAUUGCCCAUAAUUUGGAGACUAUUUCACCCACAAAGCAGCUGGAAAUCGCAAACAUACUGUAUGAUCUUCUAUCUGCUGCCAUCGAGUCAUUGGACCACAAAACAAUUUCCAAGGUCCUGACCAUCUUGACAUUGAAUGUAGGUCAUUUACUGACAAAUAUUUUCUGUCUCACCGGCUACGAGAAGUUUGCAAGGGCAGUCAUCAGGUUUAUUGAUGUGAUAUGGGAAUCAAACAAGUCCAAGUCCAAUGAUAUGGUAUCAGAUGACAGCGAGUUUGAAAAUAUUAACUCUGCCAUGGCCUAUACUUUGUCUUUAUGCUUUAUUAUCCAUGUAGUUGACAUUUAUGGUGUGAAUGUGGAAGCUCUGGUAGAAAACCCAUCCAAAUCUACCGUAUUGAGAUUCUUAUCAAAGUUAGGUGAAAUUCCAGAAGUAUUCGUUGCCCCAGAAGGCGACUUAGAGUCCUCUAAAACCUUACUACAGCAAUGGCUACGGGAACUGUUUGUGAAAAACCUGAUCUCCGAUAAUCUGAUGAAGUCUGCAGAUGUAAAAGUGAUGGGUUUUAUGAUCCCUUUCAUUUUCAAACAAACCCUGCUUAACGUCGAGUACGGAAUAAUCUCUGAUAUUUCAAGCUUUGUCAACGGCUUUGAGUACUUCUUGCAACCGUUCCUCUCCGUUGGGCUUAUUAAUAUUGUUUUCUGGUUGGAGAAAUAUUUACUUGCCCUAAAGACAACGGAAUCAUUCCCGAAGAUAAACGGUGCGUUAUUCGAUAUUCUUGGUGCAAUCAUUGCCCCCAAGAGCAUAGGCUCAGAUGCCAAAGCUAUCCAUUCUGUGGUCUUGAAGUUAAAGUGUGUUGGGUUGCUCAAGGAAUUAAAAUCAUUCCAAGUGCCUUCAGAAUCCAAUUAUGGCAUAUACUCAUCGCAGACCCGGCAAGAUCCAAGAUUGGAAGCGUUGAUCUCCAAGCUAGAAUUAAUCGCCCAAUCUUCGGCCUUGUAUGAUGUUGACCCUCGAAUUAUCAGUGCCGUCAACAAUAAUUACUCCCAAAAGCACAUUAGUUAUAACAAAGUGGUACUGACGUCUGACAUUCCGAUUAACAAAAUUAUGACAAACCAAAUUAAUUCUUUCUGGAAUCUUCACAGCAGCACUUACUAUAACUUUGAUUAUUUGCUUGAGUUGAUUGAUCUUGUCACACCUUUUAAGUUUGUACAAGACGUAUUUCAAACUUUAAAGUAUAAGGUGACAGCAUAUGGCGUGCCGGGUUCCGCAACCAAGCCUUCUUCGGCUGCUUUAGACCAAGUAUUGGGUUAUGUUUUUUACUUCAUGGUUUUGCGAGAUAUUAAAUGCCCUGAAGAGAAGAGUUUACUGUUGGAAUACUUGGAUUCAGGAAGAUUCCCUUCAAGUAUAUCAGCCACAGUGUUAACUAGUGACCCAACUACUAUAUCCGGCAUGCCGCCUGUAUCCAUGCCUUAUGACGUGAAGAGCGAGCAGGACGCGAUGGAAGGUGUUGACGAAGACUUUGAUAUGUUAUUUGGCGAAUCAUUCAGCGGACUACCAGAUGAUGUACAAAAGUCUGCUGAUAUGAAACCCGACACCGGCAUAAAGGAGGACGAUUCCGAGAAGUCCAGUUAUGUUUCCGCGGCCAGGUUAACAGAAAGUUUUGGGGUUAUAUUCUCGAAGAUGAAAAAGGAUAAGCUCGAGGCGUACCAAGCCGGGCAAAUAAGUGAAGAACGAUACCAAUGCUUUAUGGGUUUAUAUGAUAAAUACGUUCAAACUUUGCGCCACUCGGUUAUAUAA